AUUCGUGAGAUACAACUCGUGGUGGUCGGACGAAGUUCAGCGGCUGCUCUGAUAUCUAGAACUGUGCUGGUUCCGUUUCCCCCCCGUCUUUGUGCUUGUUUUUUUGUUUUUUGGCGUUGUGUAUUUUUGUUUCCGUUGUCUUGUCACUUUGCCACUUUGUCACCUCUCCGCCGGACUACUACAACUCCGUUCCCGCCGACAGUCGCAGCAGCCUCUUUCCGAUCCGAAGAUCUAAGAGCAUCCCAGAUCCACAUCCACACCGACAUCCACAUCUACAUCCAGAACACCGAACUCAGAACCCAGAGCACCAGCAUGUCGGACGGCAUCGAGGUCGAGCAAAUGGUGGAGAGCAAGCCGAGGAGGAUGCCGCUGGCCACGUCGCUGGAGAAGGACUCGAUCCGCGAGGCCUACGAGGAUGUGCGCUCUGAUCUCACGGACACCGAGUGGGCGGUGUUCAAGUUCGACGGUGCCCAGAUCAUCGUCCAUGGACGCGGCCAGUGCUUCGAGGAGUUCCGGCAGCAGUUCGGGGAUUCGGAACGCGCCUUCGGCUACAUACGCAUCCAGAUGGGCGACGAGAUGUCCAAGCGCAAGAAGUUCAUCUUCCUGACGUGGAUCGGCCAGGAGGUGGGCGUCAUCCAGCGGGCCAAGAUGUCCACGGACAAGGCGCUGAUCAAGGAUGUGCUGAACAACUUCGCCGUGGAACUGCAGGCAGGCGUGGAGGCCGAGCUGGACAUCGAGCUCUUCCGGGAGGCGUUGAAUCGCGCCGGCGGUGCCAACUACGGCACGGGCAUCCGGGAUAACUAAGUGGCCGUCAAGUUACUUUAUAUAAUUUUUUUUUUUGCAUCUCUCAACCGCUUACCAAACUGAUCCUUUCUCCUUAAUUAUUAUGAAUUAAUUUUAUGAAAUUUAAAAACUGUACAUUUAUGUAAUAUUAUACAAGCAAUUGUAACAUUA